AUGAAAGCUCACGCGAGAAUUCAGAGCGUCGCGACACUUGUGUUUGUGUGCGUAUAUGAACGAAAAAGAAACGAAAUGCAGAGAAAUGUCAAGUCAUGUUUUGAUGUUAUGUUUAUCCGUUUCGUUGCCGGCUGCAGAAUUUUUGGAGGAGAAAUUUUGUAAAAGUUAUAAGUAUCCCAUCUUUAAAGUGCUUGCCCUUUUUGUUACGGUCCAAUUAAGAUGACCUCUCGUGCCGUAACUGUGCUGACAAUCAACGGGCGACGCCAGAAUGUUAAGGUGGAACCAAACACAACUAUUUUAGAGAUUUUAGAGACAGUUUGUCAGAAGCACAGCUUCAAUGCCGCCGAGUAUGACCUCAAACACCACAACAAAGUUAUGGAUCUGUCGGCGAUGUUCCGUUUCUCCGGGUUGCCCAACAAUGCAAUGCUCGAGAUGGCACCGGCCUUGAAGGUUCGAAAGGAGGCUGACGUUAUCUUGGUGGUUCAACUGGAAGAUGGUAGUAGAUUAGAGGGCACAUUUAAACCAUCGGUCAACUUAUUGGAGGUAUUGCAGAAAGUAUGCCCAGAGAAAGCUGCUGCUGACUCGAAUCCAGUGUUGAUUUACAUGCGUCGGGAGGUUUUGUGGGAUGCAAUGAGCCAAACGACAUUAAAAAGUUUAGGGCUCACUGGAGGACGAGCAAUUAUUAGGCUUUUACAGCGUAAGCCAGAAGAACUGAAGCAACAGGCCAACGUUUCUGCUCCACUACCUCAGAAAGAAAAACCGGAGGAACCUGACGAUCGUCCAGCACCGAGGAAUCAAGUGAUACAACAGUCUUAUCCAGUGAAGGAAGUACAAUCGAUGGAAACUGAUCAAACAUCAGAAACUCCCCAACAAAAAUCUGAGGACCAUUCCAAAACUAUCGAACCGAACGUCCCUACCAGUCCAAAACCCGGCACAUCGAAGGCGCCUAAAAAGGAAACAAUUCCAGAAAAGCCACGUUCCAAAACCCCCGAGCCCAAAAUUGAAUCAGUUAUCAACCUUUUGGGAGAACGUGACGCAAUGCUGUUUCAUCUAGAAACGUCCGAAAAAAAUAUCUUCGACCUGCCGGAUUCCUUCUUUGAGGUGACUGUUUCCGACGUCCGCAAGAUGUACGCCGACUUGAGGAAUCAGCUCAAAGAACUGGAAGAUGCCCCGCUGAUGACUGCGGAACUGAGAAAACUCGAAGAGAACAAACGAGUCUUGAACCAGCUGGGUCGGUACAAAAACACCAUUUUAAGGAUCCAGUUUCCGGAUCGAUAUGUUCUGCAGGGAAUCUUUCGCCUUCACGAAACCGUUGCCGAUGUAAUGGCUUUCGUAACCGGUUACUUGGAAGAUUCUACGUUGCAGUUUUACCUUUAUACCACCCCACCAAAAACGAUUCUGGACCCUACACUGACACUAGUUGAGGCGAAAUGCGCUCCACAAGCUCUCUUACAUUUUGGAUACGCGGGAACCCCGCAACUGGACCGUUUUCUAAAAUCAAAGUUCUACGAGCAGCUAUCGAAUGCAACCGGAGCAUCACUGGUCGCUGCUCGUUCCAGAGCUGACCUUAGCUCGAGUGGCAACGAAGAACAAGCUGUUGCAUCCGGAUUAGGCCAAGAUGAACAACAGCCCUCGGGAUCCAAACAGUCUGGUUCCGAUAGCAGCGACAAGCCGAGCAGCUCCAGUAGGAUUCCCAAUACCAACUUUCGGCCUUCAUCGGUGCAGGGUCCCGGAUCGGGCGAGGUAAAGCUGCCCAAAUGGUUUAAAAUGGGAAAGUGAAAGGGCUGCACCAACAUGGAUCGAAGCCGUGGUUCCUUGCUAUUAGUUGCUUUAAACGAGAAGCCGGUUAUAUGUUGAACAUAAAAUGAUAUUUAUUUCUACGUUUACACUUAUUGUGAUGACAUAUUAUUCGAUGUCUAGUGGUAAUCUUAAAAA